AUUAACCCAGAUCAUAUGAAUUUGCUUAAAUUAAGAAACGGAAAUGUUUCCAACAAGACCGAAAUACACGGUGAACUUGAAAGAUUGCUGUUAUCAAACCUAGUUGAAAGCUAUAUACCGAAUUUCGUUUGGUACAAUAAAGAAAACGUUCAAAAUUCAAAUAUAAAUGUGAAAGAUGAAAACAUAACUGUCUGUAACAAAUUAAAAAUUGAUACAGCUUGGACAACAAAACAAGGCCUAUGUUCGUUGAUAAAACAAAAAGACUGGUUUUACAUAGAGAACACUGCAGAUGUAAUCGUUCCUCGCACUUACAAUAGUUACGAAGGCGGUGAAACCGAAGCAUUUGUGAAUGACUACAAAGUAACUGCGUGCACCGGUUUACUCAAGUGGAUACUUUCAAUGGUCGCUAACGAGAAGGCGGUGUUUUGUGAGACUGGAAAGAUUUCUUUGAACGUUAUGGUGUUUGCAUUAAAUAGAUGUAAAGAAUAUCUGUUCCGAAAACAACAUCUAGACAUCGAUCGCUCUCUGAACAGCGUAAAUUCAAAUCAAUGGAAUAACUUCUUGAAAAAAUAUUAUCGCAUUGUCUCCAGAAACGAACUAUUUCAUCUUACUAAAGAAGAAAAAAUACCAAUUUAUUUAAGCUAUGCCCAAUUUUUACUGAAGGAAAUACAAAAGUAUCGACCGCAAAUUAUUUGUGAAGGAUAUAACAACGUUUGGAUACUGAAACCUGCUCAUUGCUCUAGAGGUAGAGGAAUACGGAUUGCUUCCAAAUUAGGAGUAAUUAAUGAUUUAAUAGCUAAAGCUAAUAGCAAAUAUGUUAUUCAAAAGUAUAUUGAAGAGCCUAUGUUAAUACACGAAACAAAAUUUGAUAUAAGGCAAUAUUAUUUGAUUACCAGUACAUAUCCUUUGAUUAUUUGGAUAUAUAAAGACUGUUAUUUGAAGUUCAGCUCUCAGAAAUAUAACCUUGGAAACUACCACGAAUCUAUACAUUUAACUAACAACGCCGUACAAAGGAGAUAUAUGAACUGUGAAGAGCGCCAUCCCGAUCUACCCAAUAACAAUAUGUGGGAUUUGGAUACCUAUAAAGAUUAUUUAAAGGCAAUCGGCAAACCCUCGGUGUGGGAUGAUUUAAUAUAUCCCGGUAUGAAAAAGACAAUCACAGGUGUGAUGCUUAGUAGCCAAGAAACAAUGCCGGCUUGCAAGAAUCGCUUUGAACUGUACGGUUGCGAUUUCCUACUGGACAAAGAUUACAAGCCUUGGUUGAUCGAAAUCAAUGCGUGCCCUGAUCUCAACAGUACCACACGAGUCACCGCGAAAAUUUGUCCGGCCGUUUUAGCUGAUGUCAUUAAAGUUGUGAUAGAUUAUGCUGCUGACAAAAAUGCUUCGACCGGCAAUUUCGAAUGUGCAUACCGACAGACAAUAACCACACCUAAUUACGGCGGAGCUGCUGAUUUUAUAGUUAAAGGUUUUCCUGUACCUCACGAUUAUUUCUAUAAAGGAAAUAUAAAAUUAGAAGAAUCCUUUGAAGACAUCGAUAUGGAUAAGCCACGAGACGUUCAAGCUGUAUUGAAGAAAUUAAAACGGUUUUAUAACAGUAGUAACUGUACUGAUAGAAUGUUACCUCUAGAAAAUAAUGAGUUGUAUUGUGACAAAGACGAUAUUAAUAGAAAAUCAUCACAUAAAACCGUGAGAUCGUUUCUCGAAGAUGACGCUGAAAAUUUGUUCAUAAAUGAUGAACGGAAGGAAAUGGAGACUUAUUUAGAAAAUUUCCCGAAUUUCAAAUCGCAUUUAUUCGAUAAUUAUAAUUUGUGUUCUGAAACAUCUUUGACUCGCUUAAGAAGUACUAAAAGUCUGACUAAUAUUAAAACACUGAUGAAAGAAUCAAACGAAACGUUUUUUGGUUCAGCACAUUUUGAAUCGGAUCGGUUGUUUAGUUUUACUAAAUUAGACGAAGUUUGUUCUCUGAGUCCCAGUUUAAUGGAUUAUUGA